AAGAAAAAGUGGAUCGUUUUCUCACUCUUCAAAUUAACCUCUUUGAUGAACGUUACGCCAAAAAUAGCAGACGAACCAGCAGACAUGCCCUGUCUUUAGGGUUUUCUUUCUUAAGAUUCUCCGUAAAGCCUGUUUCCACUGUGGGGAAAGGGGAAAGUGUCAAAAACCCUUUUCAUCUCUCUUUCCCCUUUCCAUUAGAGGCGGGAUUAUUUGAAAUUUUUGUGCCAAGUUUUGGUUUCUUGCUUUCAAUUUUCAGUGCAUGUCGUCACAAAUAAUGAAAAGAAGAUAGUUUUUAGAGAGAGAGAGGAGGGGGGAAGAGAGAGAGAGAGAGAGAGAGGGAUGUUGUUUUCUUCAGAUAACAGCAAAGGCCUCCUUCUGGCUCUCGUUUCCAGUGCUUUUAUUGGUGCAAGUUUCAUAUUGAAGAAGAAGGGGCUUAAACGAGCUGGUGCUUCAGGUGCGCGUGCAGGUGUUGGAGGAUAUGCUUAUCUCUUGGAGCCUCUUUGGUGGGCUGGAAUGAUAACCAUGAUCGUUGGAGAGGUUGCCAACUUCGUGGCCUACAUUUUCGCCCCUGCUGUCCUAGUAACACCUUUAGGCGCAUUGAGUAUAAUUGUCAGUGCUGUACUGGCACAUUUUAUGCUCAAUGAGCGGCUGCAGAAAAUGGGGAUUUUGGGGUGCGUAGCGUGCAUAGUGGGUUCAACAAUUAUCGUAAUUCAUGCACCUCAAGAGCAUACUCCUAGCUCUGUUCAAGAAAUUUGGAAUUUAGCAACUCAGCCAGCCUUCCUUUUCUAUACGGCUGCUGCUUUGGUCAUUGUGAUGGCAUUGAUGUUGCACUUUGAACAUCUCUAUGGACACUCGAAUGUAUUGGUUUACCUUGGCAUCUGUUCUCUUAUGGGCUCCUUGACGGUUAUGAGCAUAAAAGCCAUUGGAAUUGCCAUAAAGGUUACAUUGGAAGGAACAAACCAGAUGCGUUAUCUCCAAACGUGGUUUUUUAUUGUACUUGCAGUUGUCUGUGUUAUCACACAGUUGAACUACCUCAACAAGGCAUUGGAUACCUUCAAUACUGCCAUUGUAUCUCCAAUCUACUAUGUGAUGUUCACAUCACUCACAAUACUUGCAAGUGCGAUAAUGUUCAAGGAUUGGUCUGGUCAGAGUGCGAGCAGUAUAGCUUCAGAGCUGUGUGGGUUCAUUACGGUGCUUUCAGGAACGGUUAUAUUGCACACAACAAAAGAACAGGAAGCAACUCCUUCAGCAGCAUCAAUUUCAUGGUAUAUUUGCCGAGGCAGUGGCGACUCGAUGAAGAACGUGGAUAAUGAGCAUAUCAUCACUUUACUCAGUCAAGAGUAUCUCUCUUAGUGCAUUUGUUAGGUUGAAGUGGAGAUUGGACUAGUGAGGGUUAUUACUCUGCGGAUCAACUAAAGUGCUACAAUUGAGACCCAGUUCGUUGUGAGAGAGAACGGUGGCAGAAAAAUGGACUAGCUUUUUUGUUGGUUUCCCGACAAAGAUUGAGAGCUUGGUUUUGAAGGGUGUUUGUUUGAUCGUUUUCGUAUGACGAAGUCAGAGUUGGAAGUGACGGAGGUAUAUUUUGGAGUCAAAUCUGUCAUUGUUCUCCAUAUUGCUCCUAGGAAUGGGUUCUACCCUGUAGAAUGAGAGGUAUGGAUGGGAUUUUCCCUGAUGUAAAAUUUUCUAAUUUUUUUCUAUUUCUGUAAAUUCAUUGCUAAUCCUUUUCUUAUUCGUUAUUCAGGUUUGUUUUAGCCUUU